UCUCAUCAACUUCAUUAAAAAUGCAUGAUUCACUAAAUUUCCUCUCCCAAGUCAUCGACUGAUCAAGAGUCUUCCUUUACAAGUUACAACAAUAUAAGAAUAAGCCAUCCCAUCCCAUUCCAUUCCAUCUUGACAAAUCAUUGGUUCAAACCAGCAACAAAGUAGCCCUAGCCAAGGCCAUAUAUCCCCCUCUCAACAAAAUGACUAGAAAGACACCUUCAAAACUUCUCUUAUCCCUCUCCCUCCUUGCUUGUUUUUCCACAUGCACUUGUCAUUCUAGUGCCAAUGAUGAUAAAGGAGCAGGGAUCAAAGGGUUGUUUAUAUUUGGAAGCUCUCUGGUUGAUAAUGGCAACAACAACUUCCUCCAGGACUCCUUGGCUAAGGCUGACUACUUGCCUUAUGGGAUAGAUUUCCCACUUGGGCCCACAGGAAGGUUCACAAAUGGGAAGAAUGUGAUUGACCUUCUGGGUGACCACCUUAAACUCCCCUCAUUGAUUCCAGCUUUUGCUGACCCCUCUACUAAGGGAAGCAAAAUUGUUCAUGGUGUCAAUUAUGCUUCUGGUGCCUCUGGUAUUCUAGAUGAUACUGGCUUAAUUGCGGGCCAUGUGAUCAGUCUGAGUCAACAGAUCAGAAACUUUGAGAAGGUGACCUUGCCGGACCUAGAAGCUCAGUUGGAGUGCAGAAGCAGGGUGGUGCUUCCCAAAUACUUGUUUGUUGUUGGAACAGGGGGAAACGAUUACUCCUUCAACUACUUCCUGGGCAAAUCCGACAGCAAUGUCAGUCUUCAAGCCUUCACUGCCAACCUGACAGCAUCAUUGUCUCAGCAAUUAAUGAAGCUGUUCAAUUUUGGGGCUCGAAGGUUUGUGUUAAUGUCGGUAAACCCACUUGGGUGCAGUCCAACGGUUAUGUUGAACCAGCAAAUUAGUCGCAAUGGCUGCGUACAGGGUCUGAACCGGGCAGCUCAUCUCUUCAAUACUCACUUGAAGUCACUGGUGGAUGUUCUCAAGUCAGAGAUGCCUGGUUCUACUUCUGUUUAUGUCAACUCAUAUAAGAUUAUCAGGGAUAUCAUCAGAAAUCCCAUUUCCAAAGGUUUCAAGGACGCGAGUAGAUCUUGUUGUGAAGUGGCAUCAAUGAAUGAAGGUGGAAAUGGAAUAUUGUGCAAAAGAGGUGGGCAAGCGUGUGCAGAGAGGAGCAGCCAUGUGUUCUUUGAUGGGCUGCAUCCAACGGAGGCUGUGAAUGCCCAGAUAGCAAGCAAGGCCUAUGAAUCUAAUCUCAAAACUGAAGUUUAUCCCACUAACAUUAAAAAUCUCGUCAACUCAUAUGUUUUUUGAGUUGUCUUAAUCUAAAUUCUAUGUUUGAUGGGUACUUAGAAUUGUGAGGUUAAUUUACUAGGAUGCAGGCUAAUGAAUUUAGUGUAGUUUAGCCAAGAUGUGUUUCUUUUCCUUUUGUUGGCUGUAUAUUAUGCGUGUGAAACAACUUAAAAAAGUAAACCCUUUUUUA